AUGUGUAGAGAUGGUAUCAUAAUAUCAGCCGCAUCAACCUCCUUAUCAAGUGUUAUCAUGUACUUUCUGGCUUUGUUGUACUGCUUCUUAGGCACUGCGAUCGUUGCAGACGUCUUCAUGUGCUCUAUUGAAAAAAUUACAUCAUCAACCAGAAAAGUUAAAUUAAAACAUCCGACAAGGAACGCGAUGUGUGAAACCGGUAGUCCGGAAGAAGGCGUAGAAAUACGUGUUUGGAAUCCAACUGUAGCUAAUUUAAGUUUAAUGGCAUUGGGUAGCAGUGCGCCAGAAAUUUUGCUUUCAGUAAUUGAAAUUAUAGCCAAUCAUUUUCGAAUUGGUGAUCUUGGACCUGGCACUAUCAUUGGUUCUGCAGCAUUUAAUUUGUUAUGUAUCACAGCUGUGUGUAUCUUAGCUGUGCAAUCACCGACAGUUAAACGAAUUCACGAGACAUUCGUUUUUGCCACGACAUCAUUGUUUAGCUGUUUAGCAUACAUUUGGCUUUUAAUCAUACUGAUAGUAAUAUCACCAAACGUAGUAGAGCUCUGGGAAGCAUUGGUUACUUUUGGUCUCUUCUUCAUCUUAAUAAUUGUUGCAUACUUGGUGGACAUCAAAAUUUGGAAACGUAACAAAGCUUACCUGAACGAAGAAUAUCAAAUUGAUAGUGCAGAUGAUGAGAAAUGUAAGGAGGGCGAUAUUGAUACUUAUCUAAAGAAGUUUGCUAGCGAAAUGGAGUUUGGAAAUGAUAUGGUCAAGGCGACAAAUGAAGUAAGCAAUCACAAGACGUUACGUUACAUAUUACGGUGGAUUUCACGAGUCUAUCCUGAUCUUUCACCGGAUCAACAAUCCAGUUUAUUGGCUUACAAAUUAGGACAAAUGCAGAAUCGUGGCUCUUUGUGGUACCGCCGACAAGUGACACGAAGGUUAACUGCUGCCAGUCGGAAAAUAGAUUUGGAAUGGAAUUCCAAAAAAAUGUUGGAAGAAGCUGAUGAGGCAAAAAAAACAGCAAUAGUUGGAGGGGCGAUAGAAUUUUCGGCUCGCGUAUAUUCGAUCACUAAGGGAAGCAAUAAAGUUAUGUUGAGGAUUAUUCGGCAUGAGCCAACUGACAAAGCAAUGGCAUUUCACUAUUCGACGAAAAAUGGUGUAGCCAAGAAGGAUGUUCAUUUUCUAACAAAAUCAGAAACUGUACAAUUUAAAUCUGGCGAAAAGAUAAAGGAAAUCUACAUAGAUUUGGUGGAAGAUGCAACAUGGCGACCUGGUGAUGUAUUCUACGUUCAUUUAAAACUGAUUGUGAAAGAAAAUCAAAAAUACGUGCGAGCUUUUGUUACCUGUCUUCGCCAGAACAAUGAGAGCACUUUCAACGUAUAUUAUGAAACAGAAGCUGUUACAGCCAAGUGUGAUAAAGAUUAUAAAGGGAUUAGUGACGGAGUAUUGACAUUUGUGGGUAAUGAGUAUGAGAAGUAUAUCGAUGUGAGAAUAUACGACGAUAUGAAUGAAGAGAAAGAUGAAAUAUUCAAUAUAUACCUUACCGCUUCUACAGGAGGAAUAACAAUUGGGCCCAAUAAACGUGCUGUGGUGACAAUUAUUUGUGAUGAUAAUUUACUUAAAAACAUAACGAAUAUUCGAAAACUAACAUCAUAUUAUUUUAAGCAAGUGAUGUACGGGUCUAAUACAUGGCUCGAACAACUUAUCCAAGCGACGAGCGUUAAUGCUGGUGACAUUGAGAAUGCGACAUUGAUGGAUUGCGUGCUGCACAUUUUAUCAUUUCCAUGGAAGGUCAUGGCAGCUUUAAUUCCUCCAGCCACAAUUCUGGGUGGAUGGUUGGCUUUCUUUUGCGCGCUAGUCUUGAUUGGUUUCAUCACUGCCAUCAUAGGUGACCUGGCAAGUAUACUUGGUUGCAUGGUCGGCCUAAAAGAUGCUGUUACAGCGAUAACUUUGGUUGCAUUGGGCACAAGCCUACCAGAUACAUUUGCAUCAAAAAUUGCUGCUCAAACUGAUAACACAGCCGAUAAUGCUAUCGGCAACAUAACUGGUUCUAAUGCGGUAAACGUAUUCCUUGGACUUGGAUUACCGUGGACUAUUGCUGCUGUAUACUGGUCUACCAGGAAUGAACUAUUUGUAGUCAACGCUGGCAAUUUGGGAUUCAGUGUUGCGAUCUUCAUGGCUACUUGUGCAAUCUGCAUGCUAUUGUUAAUAGCUAGAAGAGUUUUGGCAUUUUUUGGCAAAGGUGAGCUUGGAGGUCCAGUAGGACCUAAAGUUCUCAGCGCUUUAAUUCUCGUUAUUCUUUGGUUGGGUUAUGUAGCGUUGUCAGCUUUACAGACUUAUGAUUACAUUUCUGUUUAA